AUGGUGCCAAUCAAGAAACCACCAACACCAUCAUCGCCACCGACAACACCUACAGCACUAUCAACACCGACAGCAACACCAAUUGCAUUGACACCACUAGCAUCGGCAACACCAACAGCAUCGGCAACGCCAAUAUCAUCAGUAACACCGAUCGUCUCAACACCGGCAACAGCAACGCCAACCAUAAAUCCCGCUUCAAAUCCUCCAGCUAUCCCACCAAUCUCGCCAACCCCAACAUCAACCUCAAUCAAUUUGUAA